AUGAUCCGGACCGCCCUGGCUGCGGGAUUCCUCGGUAUUCUGGCCCUUCUCUACAUUGUGACCAGAAACCCCCCCAUCCACCGCAAUGGCCAGAGACUCAGACAGCCGCCAGACACCCUCCCGUUCCUGGGAAAUGCCAUCCAGUUCCUCAAACCCCGCCACGUCCUGUUCGACUGGUUCGUGAAAUGCCAGCAGCAAUUCGGCAAAGAAACCGUCGAAAUCGCCGUUCCCUCAUUACCACCCGGUGUGGUGAUCAACAGUGCUGAGAACCUGGAAUUCGUGCUCAAGAACGAAUCAUCCAUCACCAAGGGAGAGUUCUUCAGAGAGCGAUCGUGGGAUCUCUUCGGCUACGGCAUCAUCAAUGCCACCGGCGACCUGUGGCGCGCCCAGCGCAAAGCCGGUCUGAAGUUCUUCAGCGGCGCCAACUUGGACGCUUUAGCCGAAGAGGUCCUGCCUGAGGUGUACGCUGGCACGCGGAAGCACCUACUCCAAGCGGCUAAUGAUGGAUCUGUGAUUGACCUGCAGAAGGUCUUCCUAGACCUGACGACGACGGUGGUCGGACACAUGGCUUAUGAUGCAGGUCCCCCCAUGGAAAUAUCCGCCUCCUCACCAUUCAGCAAAGCGUUUGACCACGCAUCAGGCCAUAUCGGCCUUCGCUUCCAGAAUCCGCUAUACCGGCUAACUGAGCUGUUUACGGGCGGUGACUUCCGCACCUCGCUGGCCGAGGUGAAGCGUUUUGGCCGGCAAAUCGUCGCCAAUGCGCGCAAACGCCGGGCUCGCACCGCCUUUGAGAGCCUCAUCACUCACGACGAGACCCCCUCGGAAGACGCACCUGAAUUUGAGACGCUGAUAGAUUGGCUGAUUGAAGCUUUGGCAGCGCCCCAGCUCGUUGCGGAUGCCGCGCUCAAUUUUCUCUCUGCCGGGAGAGACACCACGGCACAAUCCUUGACUUGGACAUUCUACGCGUUGAUGAGACAUCCGGAGGCACUGAGACAGUUGCGUGACGAACUUGACGCCAAAUUUCGUAACGCGAAACACGAUCAUUCUCAAGUUCUCGGUGAAAGCCGUAAGGACGAGGAUGACGGCCGUGUUGACGUCGACCGCAUCGACAUUGCAUCCCUACAACCCACUUUCCUGCCCCUCACGGUCGCUACAUUUUACGAAGCUCUACGUCUGUACCCGCCCGUGCCCUUUGAGAUCAAACAGACUUCCGAGCCCGUCACCCUGCCCGAUGGCACAUUUCUCCCUGCUGGCGCCAUCGUGGUCUGGAGCAUCUAUGCCAUGAAUCGAUCGAUCGAGACGUUCGGCAGCGACGCGACCACGUUUUGCCCGACCCGCUGGCUCGAUGACCAGGGCAGGCUGGUGCCAAAAUCGCCCUACGAGUUCCCCGUUUUCAACGGUGGGCCGCGGGCGUGCUUGGGCAAGAAGAUGGCUGAGGUGAUGGCUGCCUGGGUGAUGGUGAGGAUGUGGACGGAGUGGGAGUUUGAGGAGGUGGUAGCACCGCACGAAAAAGGCCGAGAAAGACUAAGUGCAAACAGCCUCACGCUCCCAAUGGAGGGAGGACUACCCUGUCGAGUCAGGGUGAAGGACAGGCAGGGCUCAUAG